AUAUGUUUGCGAGAUUCCUUAGACGGAAGCUAUUUUUUCAUACCGCAACUUCACCAUGUCCUUCAAUGACAUAACUUCAUCGGAAUUGAAUUAUAUUCCAAGUAAUAAUUUAACAACAUUGACAAACUUGAGGAUACCAGAGACCGGAAACCUCCAAAAUCUUUUACAAGACUUGGUAAAAGAAAUUAAACAGUUGAGGUCUGAGGUUUCUGAGAUAAAACUCUUAAAUUACGAUUUGAAAGCAGAAAUAACUGCUUUGAAAGAGUCAAAUAAACGGGGACUCUUAAAGUUGACGGAGGAGGUUGUCUCUGUUAAAAUGGAAAACAGAAAAAACAACUCAGAUUUUGAUUCUGAUGUCCUAUUUUCGGACAUCCCAAAACUUCCCCUCAGUGCUAUUAGUGAAGUAGCAGCAUUUGACGAGGAAGUGCAAAAAAAUGAGAGUCAACUUAGACAGUUCAAACAUCUAAUAUCGAAAGUUGGAGGAGAUGGGCCCACACAAUUUAUUAGAUCUGCGAUCAGAAAAGUUUUUUCGGACAAGGUAGCUUCCGAAUACAGCUGGAAGGGGACGAAAGUUAAACCCUCAGCAGAAAGGUGCUACAUUGUAUCCGUAAUAAAAAUAUUACUAAUGAAAAAUAUAAAUGCACGGACAAAGAGUUGA